AUGCGCAUCAAUGAGUACACCGCCGUCUCUACCAAGAAGGUGCUCCUGGUGCCCUACUCAGCACACCAUGUGCCCAAAUAUCAUGAAUGGAUGAAAGAUCCAGAUAUCCAGGAAGCAACGGCGUCGGAGCCUUUGACCCUCGAUGAAGAAUAUGCCAUGCAGCGCAGUUGGCGCGUCGAUGCAGACAAAUUAACCUUCAUCAUCUGCCGGCCUGAGCACAAUCAGCCCAUGACACGCGAUGGACGACUGGACCCAGACUCGAUGAUCGGAGAUGUCAAUCUCUUCAUCUCGACUGCCGAAGACGACGCGGAGAACCAAGUCGUGGCCGGUGAACUCGAACUCAUGAUCGCCGAGCGCACAGAACAGAGAAGAGGAUACGGCCGGGCCGCUCUGCUUGCGUUUCUCAACUACAUUCUACGCCACGAGGGUUCUCUUCUGACGGAGUUCUAUGCUGGACAACCCACGGCCACGGCGGUUGCUCCCGCUCGAUUUGGACACUUUGCCGUCAAAAUCGGCGAAACCAACCAUCGCAGCAUUGCAUUGUUUGAGAGACUUGGAUUCCACAAGACGAGCGCGACACCUUCGUAUUUUGGCGAAUUUGAGUUGCGCCUGGGAAGGGACGAGAUCCAGAGUUUCCUGAACCCGAGCAGUUCCACUGGUGGUAGCUUAGAAGGAUACAUGGAGAUAGAGUAUUCAUGUCCUCAAGGGGCAUGA